GAAAUAAUAUUACAUGGUCUGGGUGCGGCCAUACAGAGGUGUUGUAACUUGGCUCUACAGCUUGAAACGUUGUUUGCUGGAACCUGCCAAAUAGAAGUUAAUACUGGUACUGUAGACGUAAUCGAUGAUUUGGAGCCAUUGACGGAUGAUUUGGAUUAUGGUGCACAAAUAAGGCACUCGUCUUCCAUUCACAUACGUGUGUUCAGGACUGCAAUGCUUGGCGCUAACCAACAAUAAUCAACAUGUUCUUCACAUUGACCGAAAUUGUGCAGUGGAUUGGACUGACAGUGUUUGAAAUAUGGGUAAACCUGAUAACAAUUACUAUAUUUACAGUGCUCUUAGCUCUGAAGAUAGAUGGUAAAGUGAAUAGUGCGUGGUGGACUAUAUUUGCACCAUUAUUUGUAAGUGAUGCAAUGAAUUCAUACUUUUGUUGUAUUGUAUGUAUAAGAAUGAAUUUAGAGAGUUCUUACAAAGCUUCCUUAUACAGAGCAUCAUGGAGUGCUAUAUUUCUAGGUCUUACUUUUGUAUUUAAGUUCUUAUUGUGCCGGAAAUUGCAAGGAGAUUCUGCUAUAGAGUAUAGUGAAGUUUUUGCACCUUUGUUCAUUUUAUUGCAAUUAAUUGCUGUGAGAGCCUGUCAGUUACAUCAAUAGGAAUAGUAUACACUUUUAUAUUAUUUAAAAUAAAUACUGUUAAAAUAAAUUGUAAUUAUAUUCAAUUAAGAAACAAGGAAAACAUAUGUUAAUUAAAAAAUACAUCUUAACGAAAGAAGCUAAAUAUC